AUGGACAACUUUGAAAUGAACCUCUUGAUUGAAAAUUACAUAGAUGAAGAAAAGGUAUUUGAUAACUUUCCUUUUAAGUAUUUCCAUUUUCUAUUAUAUGCGUACAAAAAUUAUUACAGGAAUACUUGUGCGGGUAAAAAAGCGUUAGCAGAUAAUGGUGCAUGUGCAUGCACCGAUUCUAUGAAGGGAAUAGAAGAUGGCAGCCACAAUGCAGAGUUGAAUAUAAAUAUGUUAAAAAGUCACUAUAAUUAUAAAAAGAAAAAAAAACAGAAAAAAAUAUCGUUUGACAUUUCAAACCGUACACGAAGCAUUAUAAAUGCAGGAACAGGAAGAAAGAAUUCUCACCUUGUUAAAGCCAUUACAGAUGUGAACCCCUUGUCGGAUACAAACUCUGUGUUGAUGGGUAACAUAAGAAGGGAUGAUAGCAUAAGAAGGGGUGAUAACAUAAGAACUGAUGAUAACAUAAGAACUGAUGAUAACAUAAGAACUGAUGAUAACAUAAGAACUGAUGAUAACAUAAGAACACAUGUUGUAGGUACUCCUACGGAUAGUAACUUCUUAACUAGUUAUAGAAAUGAUAAUCCAUUGGAAAAGUAUCAUGGGUUAUGGAAAAAUAAUGUGGAAAAAGGAUAUAAAAGGGUCAAUUUUAGUAACAAAGCAGACAGUUUCAUUAUGCAUGAACUGCCAGAAUUACUUGAAGAGGAACAGAAUGGUGAAAAUUAUUCUGAAAAAGAUAUAAUAAAAAUUAUAUAUUAUUUUAUGCAAAAGUUCGUGUUUAAUAAGGAGACUAAGAGAAGACACAAAAUGAAGGAAAAAAGUAAUUUGAUAUGUAAACUAGAAGAGGAAGAAAAUGGAAUAUCAAAUAGUGGAGUCAUAUCAAAUCGUGAAGUUAUAUCAAAGGGUGAAAUCAUAUCAAAAGGUGCUUUAAAAGUAUCAUCUAUUACUGGACAGAACAAAAGUACUUCAAAGGAUUUAACAUUUAAAGGAACAAAUAAGAAUGGUGAAAAUUUGGUGAAAGAAUUAGAGAAAGGAGUAGAUACUAAUAAAGUAAGCAAUGAUAUCAAUGCAGAAAUAAUGUGCAAGGAAAAACCAGGAGAACAUUCCGUUGUAAUUGAUAAUUUACAAACAAGUGAGACAAAUUAUGAACACAAAGUGAAGAACUUUGUAACUGGAAGUGAAUAUGGUGAAGCAGAUGUAGUAGUCAAAGAUUCUGAAGUGGAUGGAGGAGGAGAAGGAGAACUAGCGAAUUUUAAUCCGAAUUGUGAACCUGUCGAAGAAAAUGGAAAGAUUGUUGAUUUUCAGAACGAGGCAAAGGAAGGGAUAAAAGAGAUGAAUGCUACUAGUUUGCACGAAAGGAGUGUUGUUGGAAUGGAAAGUUCCAUGUCAAUUUUCCAUGAUGAGCGAGUUAAUGUUUUUUCGAACGAGCAACUGGAAUACGGCAUUGAUCAUGCAUUAGUAGGAGAUUCUAUAGUAGCAGAUUCGCUAGUGGGUAAGGCGGCGUCGGAAAAAUCAGGAGAAGCUGUGUCAUUAGAAGGUAAGAGAAAAAAGAGGAAGGAGAAAGAGAAAGGAACGGAAGAGGAAGGAACGAAAGAGGAAGGCACAAAUAAGGGAUCAUUAUUUUCAAGUAUCGCGGGAUUAAUCAAUAUAAGCGGAAGAGUGGAAGAAUGUAACAAAAAUGACGAAGUCUACUUGAGCAAUGAUAAUUCAGAAUUUAGUUUGAGCGAAGAAAAAAAAAAAAUUGAAAUAAUUAUAGAUAAUUAUAUGAAUAAAAAACAAAUUUGUUUUACUAUGAAUGAUAUAUUUUAUCCAUUUACGAACAGAAAUUUGAAUAUGUCGAGAAAGAAAUAUCAAAACAAAAAGUUGGCAAAGAAUGGAUUAUUUGAAUGCAAUAACAACAAGUGUAUUGGAGUAAAUGGGCAUAAGGACCCAGUUGAGAGGGGUGAUAACGCACCUUCGAAGAGAUACUUGAAAAGUAAAUUGAUUUAUGGAAGAUUGAAAAAAGGGUUAAAUCUUCUUCUCAAACAUGAAAAGAAGAAAAGAAAGUAUAGGAGAAAUGUUACAGCUGGGAAGACGAAUGCUGGAGCUUCGAAAGUUUUAGUUGAUGAGAGGAUGCAAAGUAAUGGAAAUAUCUGUGCAAUCGUGAGCACAAAUGAUGGGGCUAGUACGAAUAAUAAUGCCAAUACGAAUAAUAGUGCUAACAGAAAUAAUAAUGCCAAUACGAAUAAUAGUGCUAACAGAAAUAAUAAUGCCAAUACGAAUAAUAGUGCUAACAGAAAUAAUAAUGCCAAUACGAAUAAUAGUGCUAACAGAAAUAAUAAUGCCAAUACGAAUAAUAAUGCUUAUACGAAUAAUAAUGAACAUAACACCUCUAACCCAAUUGCUAGUAGUUGUAAUAAUGCCCUCCCUGUGGGAAGGAGCAAUAGUGGGAGAAGGAAAAGUAACAAAAAAUGUGCAAAUAAUGUUCAUGUAAAUGAUGAAGGUUCUUCUUCUAUAGUAAUUCAUCAGAAUAAAGAAAUCAACAUAAACUCGAAUUUUAUAAGUGUAAAGGAAAAAAAGUCUGGGCACCUGAGGAGUAAUUUGAAAGAAAAAAAAAGAGGAUUUAAGUUUAAUAAUGCACCACUAAUGUUGGAUGCAAAAGAGGAACAACCUGGUGGAUAUACAAAGAUGAAGUAUGAGACACAGAAAAGUGGUUCCUAUGACUCGAUGGCUGAUAUGCAUUGUGGGUUCCAUCCUAAUGUUCAAGGAAUAGAUGGAACUACCGGAGGAUCAAACGGAAAAAUCUGCAGAAAUAAUAGUUGUCGUAGUAAUCGUAGUAGUAGUAGUAGUAAUAGUAAGUUCCAUAAUCGAAUAUAUAGCCCAAGUAAAUAUACACCACAAGGAAGAAAUAAACAAAGGGAUGAAAAUAACAUGUACAGUGAUAUUUUGAAUACUAGUGGUCGUCAAUUGCAAGGAAUGAAAGAGAGGAGUGAAUUUCAAUUUGGAGUAUGUGGAAAUGAUGGAUAUAAUAAUGUGGAAAUGAUGGAUGACAAUGCCACCACAUCUAAUUUUUAUCGAAACAAUGUUGCAGCUUCUCAUAUAAUGAGGAAUCCAAUGAACAAUGAUCAGUUUAUAAUAAAUGAUUACCCAGUUAAUUAUACUAAUAAAGGAUUUAAGAAUAAAGAAAAAAUGGAUUCGAGAGAGGAGAAUGCAUACCAGAUGAGUAAAUUCUCUAACGAAUUAUCGUUUCAUAAUUCUAGAGUAGUAGGUGCAGCAGGAGAGGACGAAAAAGAAAAAGAAAAAAAAAAAAAAACACCUGACUUAUACAAUAGUUACAUUCCUGAUAAGAAUACUGAAAACAUGAACGAAAUGUUAGAACAAAAUUGUGUAAGAAAUAAUAUUCAUGGAAUGGGCAUACAAGAUGAUGCACAAAGUAAACUAGGUAGGGAAGAAAUUCCUUUCAAGAAGCCACGUGCUAAAAGUAACUUGAAAAAUAAAAUAGAAUUUGUAAAAGAUAGUUAUAUGUUUCAGAACCGCAGUGUGAAAAUAGGCAAUAAUGAACCAUUGAAUAUGGAAAUGAUGAAUUAUUUUUCAAAUCCCGUGAUGCAUAUGGGAAGAGAGAAAAUUGAUGGUGAACAUUUUAGAAGCAAUGUAAUUCCGCAUGAACAAUUUGAAAUGGGUUAUCAUCAUCAUCAUCAUCAUCCUCAUCUCUUGACAAAUGCAAAAAAUAGAAGCAUAGGUAAAAAGAACGAAAAAAAAAUAAAGAAAAUGAAUAAUAUGAGAGGACACAAUACUGCUGGUAGGAAAAAAAAUGCUGUGAGUGAAAUUCGAAAAAAUGCAGGAAAUGGAACGAAGGAGAAAGAGUAUGUUAUGAAAAACAAAUCCUUUGUUGGUGAAGAGAGAGAAGGAGACUACAAUGGAGAUGAGGGCCAUAACGAUGAUGAUAGAGCUUCCGAGUCUGUCGUUUCUUCUCCAAUAGGACUGGGUAGAGGUAGAGAUAGAGGUGGAGAUGGAGGAUAUUGUAAUGAGGAAAGCAAAGGCAUAGGUAACAAUAGAAGAGGUGGAGAAGAUGAUGAUGAUGACUAUAGUAAUGAUGGAAAUGCACCAUAUGGACAGCAGAGGGGGAGGGGAUAUGGAGGCAACAUUGGUGGAGGAGGAGUAGGACUGUGGGGAUAUUCCGGGAGUAAUUCCAACGCUAGUAGGAGCAAUACUGGAGGAAAAAUGAAUGGUGCACCAUCGAGAGAGGGAAGAAGUGCACUAAUGGAGAAAAUUGAGAAAGAACAGGAAAUGGAUGAAGAGCUACGGGAGUCCAAUAGAUUCAUCAUGGCUGGGAUGAAUGAAAGCAAAAUUGGAUGUAAUAUGAGCAACCAAUUUAUCUCAGAAAGGAUAAGGGGUAGAGAAAUAAAAUUGGAGUGUGCAAAUAUAAACGAGGCCACCCUUGAGUUAGGAAGUAGGAAGUGUAAAAUGUGGAAAGAUAAAUCUGAAACACAUAUCGGGACAAGUGCAGUAAGGAUGAAUAUAGGAACAAAUGUAGGGUGCACUAUCAUUGGCAAUGUUUCAUGUGUCGGAACUAUGAAAGGAGAACGAUCAAGAGAUUACAUAGAUCUCAUGAAGGAACAACUGGGUGAUAUACCUAUUACGAAGUCCAGUAAAGAUACUCACAGUGUUGGAAAAAGAACAAUCAUUAGCAAAAAAAAAACAAUGAACAAUAAUGGAAAUUUUAAAGAAGAAGGAGGACAUUGUGGAUUCAGUAAUGAAGGAAUGGAGCAGAAAAUUGGAAAAAGCAAUAAUAACAUGAACUCAGAAAUGAGUACUUAUUCAAUAACGCACGAGAGUGGUAGAAAGGAUCCCACGAUAUGUGAUCUCUUGAAUUCGGUUCAUAAUGAAAAAGUAAACUGCAGUAAAGCCAUUCGAGAUGGACGGAUUAUUUCUGUUGGAACAGGUACAAGGGUGUCUUAUUUGAAUUUGAAGAGCGGGAAAGGUGAUUCGGAAGAAGUAGAAAAAGUGGGCGAAGUAGAAAAAGUGGGUGAAGUGGAAAAAGUGGGCAAAGUGGAAAAAGUGGGCGAAGUGGAAAAAGUGGGCGUAGUGAACGAAGGGCGAAUUUCAAAGGAGAGGAUAGAGACCACGUUAAAGGGGAAGAAUCGUAGAUACAGUAGUGGCAGCAUCGGUACCAACCUAGGAGUGAAGAAGACAAACAUUGACAAAGAGGUGAAAGUGAAACUAGUAAAUGAAGAUGCAUCAACUAGGGGUUGCAAAGGCGAGAUCGUGCAGAUGAGACAUUUCACAGAUGUAUAUGAAAAUAGAAACACAUUAAAAUGUAGCGAUUCGACGGAGCAGGUAUACAUGGAAGGUUUUAAGCAUGAUGGGAUGGCUACCUUGGGUAGCGGUCAAUCAGGAAACCGAAUUGAACAUCCACUCAGAAUAAAGAACAAGCAAGAGAAAAACCAAUACAAUGAUGAGAUGAGACCCGACGAAUACUGCGAUACAGCAAAUAGUUGUUACAGAAUUGCACAUGAUGAAAUUUUUAACAUUAACAAAAUUGAAAAAACGAAUGACUGUGCAGAUGAUAUAGAAGAUUUGCGCUUCCACACAAUGGUAUCUUUUCAUAAUCAGAAAUCCUGUUCAAAUGAACCCCUGGAUAGUGUGAAGAUGAAGGAAAAUCCUUUUCCAUACGUUAAUACAAGUAUAGUGAACAAUUCAGAUAAUUCCAUAAAACAUGUAUCUGAAAGUGUAAAAAGAUGUAAGAAGGAUACGUCCUCUAUUUGUGGAAAUAUGGAUAUGUUGGAUGGAGAUUCUUCUGUUGAGAUUGGCAAGAAGAGAAGAGGUGGUGUUCAAAAUCAGUGUAUCCACAUGAUAGAGCCGUGUACAGAAUCUCAAUAUUGUGGAAUGAAGAGAAAAGCUUCGAUGAACAAGAACAGCAGCAGAAGCAGCAGCAGAAGCAGCAGCAGAAGCAGCAGCAGUAACAGCAGUAACAGCAGUAACAACAACAACAAGAAUAACAAGACAUCGUUCAAAUAUAAUAAAAAAAAAGCUAAGGGGGAUGUGAUGAACAACCCUUUGGACGAUGGAAAGACAUGCAGAAGUAUUAGUAUUACCUCAACACAUAACCCUUCCCUUCCUUUGAAUGAUGAACAAAUGACUGUAAGAAACAUAUCCAAUAUGACAUUAGAUAAUGCAGAAUCCAUUCCACAACCCUGUGGAGUCCAAGAAUUCGGAGAGAAUGAAAAAAAAAAAUAUUUCGUGGAAGAAAAGAAUGAUAUUAAUAAAUCUCUGGUGCACAUGGGCCUCAUAGUAGAUAAGAAGAUGGAUAAUAGGAGUGUGAAUAAUAUGAAGAAAGAAUCAACUUAUUCAAGAAGCAACAAUAUGAAUUGGAAUUCCUCUAAGGGUGGUGAGCGUCCAGAAGUGGAAUAUUUGAAGAAAGCUGCAGCGAAGGAUGUGCAUGCGGAAAAGGAGUUUGAAAUGGUUAAUGUUGCAUCUAGCACAUUGGGAAAUGCUGCAUCUGCCACUUUGGGAAAUACUGCAUCUGCCACUUUGGGAAAUACUGCAUCUGCCACUUUGGGAAAUACUGCAUCUAGCACAUUGGGAAAAUACGUUCUAAACAGGGACAUGCUAAACGUAUACAAUCACAUUGGAAGAAUGAUAUCCGAUAGGAAAAUGCAAAGAAUGCGUUCGUUGAAUUAUGCAGUGAAUAAAGAAAAUGGAAAAAGAUUAAACGUAGAAGGAACUUUUAAAAAUGGUUCAAGCAAUCGUACCAACAACAUCUGUGACAGUAGCGACAGUAGUGGAAGCAGUACUUACCAUGUGUUAACGAAAAAGAAUAAAAGAGAAAUCUUUUCAAAAAAAUCCAUCGAUGAUGAGUAUGAAAAAAUUCACAUGUUGGGAGUUAAUGGAAUGGAAAUUAUUACAGGAGAAGGAGAAGAAGAAGAGGAGAAGAAGAAACAACACAUUGUGGGAAAUGAUGUCUGUAGUGACAGUUACGCCAUUCAUAAUAUUUGCACUGAUGAUAGCAAAAUUCGAAGCGGGAGAAACAACCAUAUCCAAUCGGAUGUGCAUGACGGGGGAAAUAAUCAUCACCAUGGGUUCAAAGGAUCUAGCGAUAAUCUCCAUGAUGUUGUAAGAACCCACGGACGAGAAGGAGUAGAAGAUGUAGAACAGGCAUUAACGGUACAAGAAAAGUUCAGUUUUUCGAAAAACUUGGAAAGGAAAGUUGACGAAGGGUUAAAAUAUGCGAACGAGAGAGCAUUUCAUGUAGGACCUCAAACGCAAGGGGAGAGCAGCAUUAACAAUGAUAGAGAACGUAACAUGAGGAUUGCAAGUAGAAGCAAUGGAGAAGAUAAUGGCAAAGGUAGUGGAGAAGUUUGUGGCAAAGUUCAUGGCGAAGUUCGUGCCAAAGUUCAUGACGAAGGUUGUGUCAAACGAAGUUGCAAAGAUAAGAACAGGGAUGAUAAUUGGAGCAGCUUAAUAAGCAGCGGUGAUGGAGAUAAUUGCCACUUCCAUAGUUUGAGGGAUACGCCCAACCUGAGGAUCACUAAAGAUAUUGAAGGAAGAAGAACUCCUCCUUUGGAGGAUUUAGAGAAAGGAAUUUCGAAAGACAUAAUGCAGAAUGUAUUAUCAGCACCUGAUAAGGGCUUUGUUGCACCUCCUGUGUAUGUGGACGAUUUAAAAAUGAAUAAUAUGAUAAAAAUGGUUGAUACUGAAAGCACAAAUCCAAUAAUUUUGGGGAAUGAAGAAAUUAUAGGGAAAUUAAAGGUUCCAAAAAAGAAAGGAAGGAAACCCAAAAAUGCUCUUCUCCUACAGGAUGAAAAUAAAGGCAAUUUCGAAGAAAAAAUCACAUCUGGACAAACAUGUGAUGAUGUAUUCAAUUUGAACUAUGAUGGGGAUAUGUAUCAAAGUCCUGAUUCGAAUCGGAAGCCCAAAAUGACGAAAAAGUCGCAGGGUAUGAAAUUUGGGGUCGAGAAGGUCGAAACCGGUGCAUACAAUGAAAACGGGGAAAAGGUUUCUGGAGUUUGGUAUGACACCAACAGGAGACUCUGGAGAGUCAUGUACAUCGAAAACGACAAGCGAAAGACAAGGGGGUUUUCUCCCCGCAUUUACGGGUUCAACGUUGCACGGGAAUUAGCGGUUCAGCUCAAAUAUGAGAUGAAUAAAAAAAAUAAAAAGUGA